CUUUCCUGUUUUUUCUUUUCAACUUCCGGUAGAAUCUGGUAGGGUCAGGGAGCUGAGCAAGUCACUAUCGUGCGACUGACGUACUUGUUUCCGGCCGAUGGGACCAGGCUGGGCUAUGCUGUUGCCUGCAACCGGUGCCGGUAGGCCUGCCGCCAUCAUGUCAGACACGGACAGCGAUGAAGAUUCCUCUGGAGGAGGCCCUUUUUCUUUGACCGGGUUCCUGUUCGGCAACAUCAACGGAGCAGGGCAGCUGGAGGGCGAAAGCGUCUUGGACGAUGAAUGUAAGAAGCAUCUUGCAGGCUUGGGGGCUUUGGGACUGGGCAGCCUGAUCACUGAACUCACAGCAAAUGAAGAAUUGACUGGGACUGAUGGUGCCUUGGUAAAUGAUGAAGGAUGGAUUAGAAGUAGAGAAGAUGCUGUGGACUAUUCAGACAUCAAUGAGGUGGCAGAAGAUGAGAGCAGAAGAUAUCAACAGACAAUGGGGAGCUUGCAACCUCUUUGUCACUCAG